CCGGCCGAAAAACUCGUUGACUGUGUGUGUAACGGGGAGCAUCUCCUCUCAAGCUUUAACGCUACGAGUGAAUGAUUCCCAGGUUCCGCAAAGUCAUUUCAAAGCCUCUGCUGCAGUCACUGUGCAAGUUUUCUGUGUUGCGCCAUUCUCGAAAUCUUACGUCCAAAAUGGCUUUUCAGUAUCCCCAAGCUUACCGCGACGAGGCUGUUGUGGAUGACUACCAUGGCUGCAAAGUACCGGAUCCGUACAGCUGGCUGGAGGAUCCAGACAGUGAGAAGACACAGGCAUUCGUCAAUGCUCAGAACCAGCUUACGUUGCCAUUUUUAGAACAGUGUGAGGUCCGGGAUCUUUUCAAGGAGCGCAUGACUGAGCUGUACGACUAUCCAAAGUAUAGUUGCCCGUUUAAGAGGGGAAACAGGUACUUUCACUUUUACAACACGGGUCUUCAGAACCAGAGUGUAAUGUAUGUGCAGGAGAGUUUAGACGCUGAACCCACUGUCUUCUUGGAUCCAAACACAUUUUCUGAAGAUGGCACUGUUGCUCUUCGAGGCUAUGCAUUUUCUGAGGAUGGAGAGUACCUGGCCUAUGGCACCAGUGCCAGUGGGUCUGACUGGGUAGAAAUCCACUUCUUGCGAGUGGAAGGCGCGGUAGAGCUGAAGGACCGCCUUGAGAGGGUCAAAUUUAGCUGCAUGUCCUGGACUUAUGAUGGGAAGGGACUUUUUUACAAUUCAUACCCCGAACAGGACGGAAAAAGUGAUGGCACUGAGACCUCCACGAAUCUGCAUCAGAAGCUUUACUAUCACAUCCUGGGGACUCCACAGUCUGAGGAUGUGCUUUGUGCCGAAUUUCCUGACCACCCCAAAUGGAUGAGUGGGGCUGAGGUAUCAGAUGAUGGGCGCUAUGUGUUGCUGUCAAUCAGAGAAGGCUGUGAUCCGGUCAAUCGGCUUUGGUAUUGUGACCUGCAGACGACAUCGCAGGGCAUAACUGGACUUUUGCCCUGGAUAAAAUUAAUCGAUAACUUUGACGCGGAGUACGAAUACGUCACCAAUGAGGGAACACUGUUUACCUUUAAGACCAAUUUAGACGCCCCGCGUUACAGACUCAUCAACAUCGACUUUGCCUCUCCUGAUCAGAGCAACUGGAAGGAGCUGAUCCCCCAACAUGACAAAGAUGUCAUUGUAUUUGCCACCUGCACGUACUCCAGCUUUCUGUUUGUGUGUUUCCUCCACGACGUCAAGAAUGUCUUGAAGAUGUAUCGUCUGAGCUCAGGAGAGGAGCUGAGAACCUUCCCUCUUGAUGUGGGCUCUAUAGUGGGCUUUACAGGAAGGAAGAGAGAUUCAGAGAUCUUCUAUUAUUUUACCUCCUUUUUAUCACCAGCUAUCAUAUACCAUUGUGACCUAACUAAGGAGCCUCUGCAGCCUCAUGUCUUCAGAGAAGUUAUUGUCAAAGGCUUCAACCCUGCAGACUACCAAACAACUCAGAUCUUCUUUCCCUCUAAGGACGGCACGCAGAUACCCAUGUUUAUUGUACACAAGAAAGGAAUCAAACUGGAUGGCUCCCAUCCAGGUUUUUUGUAUGGCUACGGUGGCUUUAAUAUCUCCAUCACACCGAGUUACAGCGUCUCCCGACUCAUCUUCGUCAGACAUCUUGGUGGUGUUCUGGCUGUCGCCAAUAUUAGAGGAGGGGGGGAGUACGGGGAGACCUGGCACAAAGCUGGCAUGCUUGCAAACAAGCAGAACUGUUUCACAGACUUCCAGUGUGCAGCUGAGUAUCUUAUCAAAGAGGGAUACACGUCACCUUCUAAACUGACUAUAAAUGGAGGCUCUAAUGGUGGCUUGCUCGUUGCUGCCUGUGUAAACCAGCGGCCUGAGCUGUACGGCUGUGCUGUAGCUCAGGUGGGCGUCAUGGACAUGCUGAAGUUCCACAAGUUCACAAUCGGCCACGCAUGGACAACAGACUUUGGCUGUUCAGAAGACAAAGAGCAGUACCAGUGGCUCAUUAAAUACUCCCCUCUCCAUAACAUCCGUGUCCCAGAGGGAAAUGGGGUCCAGUAUCCUGCGGUGCUGCUGCUCACAGGAGACCACGAUGACCGGGUGGUGCCCCUCCACUCUCUCAAAUACAUCGCCACCCUGCAGCACGUUGUGGGUCGCAGCACCAAGCAGACAAAUCCUCUAUUCAUCCUUGUGGACACAAAGUCAGGCCAUGGAGCUGGGAAGCCUACAAGCAAAGUCAUCCAGGAGGUGGCUGAUACCUACGCCUUCAUUGCCCGCUGUCUCAACCUGUCCUGGGUCAAAUAACAUAAAUCUGAUGUUGAAGUCUGACUGGGUUGCUGGUUCCCAUUUACUCAAAUUCAGAGGACUGUUUCUUAUGAACAUUUACACAUGAUCGGUUUAACACUCAAAUGAGAUGUUUAAUGAAUCUGAACUGUUUACCUAAAGUCCGUUAUUUUCCUUUGUCCUGAAGGCCAUCAGUGUUACAACAGCACAAAACCUGUAAAAAAAAGCAGCUCAGCUACUACAUGGUGGGCCAUAUUUGUAUUUCUUUAUGUCUGGGAAUUUUACUCUUAACCAAUACGGUCUUGAGGUAAGAUGUUUAAGAUAUGUGUGUAUGUCCCCCAGCAGCUCCCUGACUGGUGCGUAUUAUUUAAUUCUUGUUUGUGAACAUAAUUGGUUGUUGAAUGGUAUUACUGUCAUGUAGGUUGUUUAUGGGUGUACUGAAAGUAGACUGUAUUACUGAUUUUUGUGUGGAAAGCUGCAAAUGUAACAUUUUGCUGUGUAAUCAUGUGAUGGUCUGACUGCGUGUGAAGGUCGGUUACAAACUUUUUUGCAAACUAAAGUUUUCUACCUCUCGACUCUUGCUGGUUGUUUACCCUGUGGAAGGGAACAACACACAAUGCCAGAACUUCAAUAAACUUUUUAAAGUCUGA